GAAGCACUGACGUUGCCUGAUGUUGGAGAUCCAGAGUUCAUUGAGGAAUGUGUGCAAACCCAUAACAGAUUGCGGUCUGAAGUCAAUCCGCCAGCCAGCAACAUGCUCUACAUGGACCGAGUACCAAGUGAAUGAGUGAGUCCACAAACAUGAAUUCAGCACUAACAUUUGAAGCCACCGAACGCAAAGGUGCAAACCGAGGGGUUGAGUUUAAACUGUCCCCAAAAUCCUGUCGUGCUUGUGAACUGGCCUGCAAGGUGGCCUUAAUGCAUGAGGCUGCACGAGACUCCAGUCUGGUUGGUAGGAGUUGGGAUCCAGAUUUAGCAAAGACCGCGAAAGCUUGGGCAAAGAAAUGCCUGUUUGAACAUAAUACGUACCUCAAAGAUCCAGGGCAGGCUCACCCCAAAUUUACCCCUGUUGGAGAAAACCUCUGGACUGGCACAGUUUCUAUUUUUACCGUGCAAGGAGCCAUCGCCACUUGGUACAAUGAGGUCAGCGACUACAAUUAUGCCACCAAUAACUGCAGAAAAACAUGCGGCCACUAUACACAGAUCGUUUGGGCUACAAGCUACAAGGUUGGCUGUGCUGUCCACUUCUGUCCCACGGUGGCGUACUCCCAUGUAACCAACGCAGCACACUUCAUCUGCAACUACGGGCCAGCUGGGAAUUACCCAAGACAUCCGUACAAGACGGGAGCAGCGUGCAGCGACUGCAAUGGCAACCGGUGUGCCGGCCGGCUGUGUCAAAAUGCAGAGCGUGACAAAGUCAUUAGUGAUUCCAAGUGGCAUCCAGACUGGGACAGACCUGCGUGUGACGAGUACUGCAUCACCGUUAUUGCUUUAAGGCCGUUACUCCUUAUACUGACAAUUCUGGCCACCUGGCUCCUACCGAAAUACUGCUCUAUAGCACCCACCAGUGAGUGACACACGUGCAGAAGACCACGAGAGCACUUCGGUCAACUCAUCCCUUCCCUGCACAGAAGUUGCUGGCAGCACAAAGAUCGGUAGAGACAUUGUUUGCCUCCACACAGGUGAUUUAGAAGCACAGAAACACCAUCUUUGGUGCAGGCAGCCGCUAGGAGAGGUGAUAAGCAGCUUUUUUCAUUGCUCAGGAGCCGUAAAUGGUUUUAAAUUACCCAUGUAUUUUUUUCAAAGCGGAGUGAGCGGGAUCCGGUGGGUAAGGGAGCAGGCUGCCCGCCACACUUGCCUCGGGAGGGCUGGAGGUAGCCCAGCCCGGGGGCCGGGCCCCAGCCCCAACAGAGCACCCACCUCCCGUUCCUAUUGAGCUGUUUCCUUGGACACUCCUCCAGCAAGAUGCAGAGCAGCCUGGGGAGGCUUUUCAUUUAAGUGCUUUUUUCUGAUAAUUUUGGACUCCUGUGAGCAUUUGCAUCCUGUGGCAGGCAGUGCAUCUCCCCGUCUCGCAGUGCACUGAGGCCACUGGUACUUCUCUUUGCUUAGAAUUUGAUUUUAAAUAAGCACCAUCUGUGCCAAAACAUAGUUUCACCUGUGUUUACACACGAUUAUGUAUCACUGCUAUCUUUCCUGAGGUUUUUUUUAUCUUUUUUUUUUUUUUUCCCUGAGCGUAGAGUUUUUGACUGCGGUUUCAAACAAUAAACCAUUAUUUCCUGUUUCCCCAUGUACGACCAUCGUGUAUUUGCAACAUGAUCUAAAGCUUAACUGUUGGUGCCCAAAAACCGCUCCACAUUCAGAAACACAGUGCUGGGAAGGAUGGCGCUAACCUCCAAAUGAAAUCAUGCUGUGCCUGCAGUCGUGCCUUUGGUUCAACAGCUGCCAAGGGAUGAGUCUCCUGCAACCCGCACAUCUGGAGCAGGCAGAAAGCAGCGGGGACGGCUGCUGUGUUCAGCUGGGCACGUCCUCCACUGACUGCAGUCGCUCAGCUCGAGCGGAGGCUGGAAGGAGCAGAGCGGCACGAGCCCACAGCUGGACUGUAGCGAUCCCUAUCUAUUGGGAGGAGGGUUUAGGCGCCUCUGCACCGUGCCCCUCCACAGGGCACAGACACUCGCUGCCGUACAGGAGGCUGGGAAGUUCCCCUCGCCGCGUGGCUUCUGGGGUCCUGCCCCUGCAGUGGGUGUUUGUGCAUACCCACUCCCGGCCCCGCUGCUGGGGUGGGUCUUAACUGAAAACACUGGAACUGGGACCCAAAGUUUCUCACUUUAUUCUUCCAGGUAGUUAACUGCUCGCACUCGCAUCAACUCAGCAUCACAGCAUUUCCUGAAUGAAUCAUUUUUCAAAGUGCAAGUAUAGCUGGGGACAAAAUUCCAAAUUUUGCCCUUGAUAUCUCUUU